AUGAGGAAUCUGUUUCAAGGAAGGUGGAAGGUGCUCAAAACCAAGGAAAAAAAACCGAAGGUGCACAAAACCAAGGAAAAAAGGCUGAAGGUGCUCAAAAUCAAGGGAAAAAAGCAGAAGGAGCAGAGGGGGCUGGUUCUCAACUGCAGCAACAACAACAACAUCAACAACAGCAACAACAGCAACCUCAACCUCCACAAUUACCAUUGCCGGCCGUAUGAUCUUCUACCUUCUGGACUAAAAAACUUCUUUGGAGGCAGCAGCAGAAAUAACAAUAAAAGGAAAAAAAGAUCCACCAUCAGACAAAGAAUCGACAACUUAACAGACGACGAAACAUCUACAGAAUAUUCAACUGAACUUUCGACAGCAAAUUCCACAGCAGGAGAUGGUUCUACCACAUUAUAUUCUGUCCCUUAUAUUAGAUAA